CAUAUUCCUCCAGAUCAUGGAGGAGAAGAAAGGAGGGCAAAGAGAAUUUGUGGGCUCCAAAUCUGCAGCCAUGGCAGUUUCACCCCUUUCUGAAAAAGAAUGAAUUGUGCAAUCUUUCCCUGCUGAAACUUUUCUUGGAUGAAAAUGGAGUCAUAACUGCAGAUCUGGACAUUGUGAGCUGGAUGUUUCUCUCUGAGGGGGAUCCCACCAAACAGCAACUGGGGAGUUUUGAAAGACAGAGACUUACAAAUAUCAAUCAAGAUAUUCUGUCACAGCUCAAAUUGCUCAACAAGUCUCUGCCUCAGUCCAAAUGUGUGGACAAUUGUCAUCCUGGAUUUUUCAAGCAGACUCGGGAAGGAGAGCCAGUUUGCUGCUAUGACUGCAUUCCUUGUCCAGAAGGCACCAUCUCCAUUCAGGAAGGUGCUGAAAAAUGCACCCAGUGCCCAGAUUAUCAAUAUCCAACUGAGAAUCGAGUCCAAUGUAUUCCCAAAAGAAUAACUUUCCUGUCCUAUGAAGAACAUCUGAGCAUCAUCCUGGUCUCAAUUGCCCUACUCUUGUUCCUAACCACAGGCUUUGUUUUAAUCAUAUUUAUUAAAUACCUAGAAACUCCCAUUGUGAAAGCCAACAACCGGGACGUCUCCUAUAUCAUCCUGGCCUCCCUUCUGCUUUGCUUCUUGUCUUCUUUUCUCUUUAUUGGCCAACCAAGAAAAGCCACCUGUCUUCUCCGACAAGCGGUGUUCAGCAUUGUCUUCUCAGUAGCUGUGUCUUCUGUGUUGGCCAAAACAAUCACAGUGGUGUUGGCAUUUCUGGCCUCGAAACCAGGAAAUAGGAUGAGAAGGUGGUUGAGGAAGAGCUUGGCCAACUCCAUCAUCCUUUCUGGUUCUGGUAUCCAAAUUGUCAUCUGUGCCUUGUGGCUGGGAAUUUAUCCCCCAUUCCCUGACACCGAUCUCCAUUCCCAACCUGGAGAGAUCAUUCUUCAAUGCAACGAAGGGUCUGUCACCAUGUUUUAUGUCGUGCUUGGCUAUUUGUGUUUCCUAGCUGCCAUUUGCUUCACCAUAGCUUUUCUGGCUAGGAAUCUGCCUGGGUCUUUCAAUGAAGCCAAGCUAAUCACCUUCAGCAUGCUGGUCUUUUGCAGUGUCUGGGUCUCCUUCCUGCCCACCUACCUGAGCACUAAAGGAAAGUCCAUGGUAGUUGUCCAGAUCUUCUCCAUCUUGGCUUCCAGUGCUGGUCUGCUGGUCUGCAUCUUCUUUCCCAAAUGCUACAUUAUAAUUCUGAGGCCAGAUCUAAAUACUAAGCAACUUCUAAUGAUAAAAGUAGGGAAAUAAUAGUAAAAUUGUUUUUAGGCUCAUAACAUUUCAUUUUUCAUUGCAGUUUUUAUUAUGAUUGUAUGCUUCCUUUGCAUCAAAUUGUCAAUUAAAGUCAUU